UCGACUCCCCGAACGCAGAGCUUAAAAUGGUUUGUGAUCUCGCCUGUUGAAUCGAACCGCUCCACGCCGUUAGACCAAAGGAUGGCAACUGUGGAUUCGAUCGUUCUUGACCUCGUCGAUUUCCUCAAUGCUUCUCCCACUAAUUUCCACGCCGUCGAUGAGGCGAAGAGGCGUCUGAAGCAGGCGGGAUACGUGCAGCUGUCGGAGAGAGAGGAUUGGGUGUUGGAAUCAGGGAAGAAGUACUUCUUUACGAGGAACCAAUCCACCAUCAUCGCUUUUGCCAUUGGAAAAAGAUAUGUUGCCGGUAAUGGGUUUCAUAUCAUCGGAGCGCAUACAGAUAGCCCUUGCCUCAAACUGAAGCCUGUUUCCAAGGUAUCAAAAGGAGGAUAUCUUGAGGUAGGUGUUCAGACAUAUGGGGGAGGACUUUGGCAUACUUGGUUUGAUCGUGACUUAACAAUUGCUGGAAGACUGAUAAAGAAGGAAGUGAAGGAUGGUACGACAUCCUACUCACAGAGCCUUGUCAGGAUUGAGGAGCCCAUCCUCCGAAUUCCCACUUUGGCUAUCCACCUAGAUAGGAAUGUUAAUGAAGGGUUCAAGUUUAACACACAAAGUCAACUCGUACCUGUGUUGGCAACAUCAGUUAAGGGUGAGCUUCAGAAGCUUCUUGGCCAAAAUGGUCCAUCUGAAUCAAGUGAGAAGACAAGUGUUGAUUGCAAAAGCCAUCAUCCUAUCCUACUGAAGUUGAUUGCUGACCAGGCACAUUGCAGUCCAGACGAAAUUUGUGACUUUGAGCUGCAACUUUGUGAUACUCAACCAAGUAUUAUAGCUGGUGCAAUGAAGGAAUUCAUCUUCUCAGGAAGGCUUGAUAACCUUUGCAUGUCAUUUUGUGCGCUAAGGGCAUUAAUUGAUUCCACCAAUGCGGAUGGUUCUCUUGGUGAGGAAUCUGGUGUUAGAAUGGUGGCAUUGUUUGAUCAUGAGGAAGUAGGGUCAAAUUCAGCUCAAGGAGCUGGUUCUCCUGCUAUGUUUGAUGCUUUGUCUAGAAUAACAAAGUCUUUUGAUUCUUCAGAUCACCGGUUGCUUGAGAAGGUGAUCCAGAGAAGUUUCCUUGUAUCAGCAGACAUGGCACAUGGUUUACAUCCUAAUUAUAUAGACAAGCAUGAAGAUAAUCAUCAACCUAAACUGCAUGGUGGUCUGGUUAUUAAACACAAUGCCAAUCAGCGUUAUGCUACAAAUGCUGUCACUGCAUUCAUAUUCCGAGAACUUGCACAACGACAUAACUUGCCUAUUCAGGAUUUUGUGGUUCGAAACGACGUUCCAUGUGGUUCAACUAUCGGCCCCAUACUUGCAAGCGGUGUUGGAAUUCGGACGGUUGAUGUAGGCGCCCCUCAGCUGUCAAUGCAUAGCAUCAGAGAGAUGUGUGGAGUUGAUGAUGCCAAGCAUUCAUAUGAGCAUUUCAAGGCAUAUUUCAACGAGUUCACCGAGCUGGAUGAGAAACUAGUCAUCGACAUAUGAGCAAUUCAUCUUAAGUUUCACGCAGUGUAUCCACCAGAAAUAAUGUAGUGUUUACAAAACAAAAGCCACCUUAAAUUCUCAAUUGUAGGCAGUCGCAUAAUCAGAUUUAUCUAUUUAAACUGGAUUGAUUUUA